UGUUCUAUUCUCUUUCUAUGACCCUGAUCAACACCGGAUGCAGAAGAACAUUGGCAAGGAUGCAGUCGAAAUGAUUUGCGUGGCGGGAGUUGCAACAAUCGGCUACACUGCGCAACAUUCUUUCUUUGGAAUCAUGGGAGAGAACCUGCUUAAGCGUAUCCGGGAACUAACGUUUGAGAACAUUUCGAAGAACGAGAUAAGCUGGUUCGAUCUGGAUGGGAACAACAGCUCGCAGUUGUGCUCUCGCCUGUCAACAGACGCUACAACAGUCAAAGGUGCUGUCGGAGAUCGCAUCUCCCUGAUGAUCAGUAGUUUCAGCUGUAUGCUGGCAACGUGCGUCAUUGCCUUCACCUUUCAAUGGAAGAUGACAUUAGUAAUGCUCGCCAUAUUUCCGCUCCUCCUGUUCGGCAAUAUCUGCCAGAGAAUCAUCUUGGCAGGGUACUCGAAGGAUGUUGCAUCCGCGCAUACUCGCUCAGGCAUGAUCGCCGGGGAAGCCGUCAGCAACAUCCGCACUGUUGCUGCAUUCAACGCUGAGGACUGUGUCAUGAACCUCUUUCGACACGAGCUUGCAAUACCCUUGGAGCGAAGUUCUUGGCGCGGACAGGUUGCAGGAAUCAGCUUUGGAAUCUCCCAGCUAUGCUUGUACGGGUCUUAUGCACUCAGCUUAUGGUAUGGAGGCGAGCUGAUAGGAAAAGACGAAGCAAGCUUCGAUGAAAUCAUUAAAACCUUCCUGGUCCUCAGCAUCUCCGCGUUUUCGAUUGCGGAUGCUCUAGCAUUGUUGCCAGAUGCAGCCAAGGGAAGCCAAGCGUUACAGUCUGUAUUCGCCAUCCUCGACCGCCGCACCAAGAUUGACACUGUCGAUCCCAACGCCGAGGUUAUAGAGACCGUCAGAGGCGACAUAAAAUUCCAUCAUGUAUCUUUCUCGUAUCCUUCUCGUUCAGAUGUGCAGAUCUUCAGAGACUUGAACCUGGAGGUGAAGGCCGGCAAGUCCUUGGCUCUUGUCGGACCAAGCGGGUCCGGAAAGAGCUCAGUCAUCGCUCUUUUGGAAAGAUUCUACGAUCUAACCUCCGGGAGUGUGUUCAUCGACGGCAAGGAUAUCCGAAAAGUAAACUUAAAGAGUUUACGGAGAAGGAUUGCAUUUGUUUCACAAGAACCUGCGCUGUUCGCCACAACAAUAUUUGAGAAUAUACUCUUCGGAUGUGACAGCAUUGCCUCCGAGCAAGAGGUUUACGCAGCUGGCAAAAUAGCCAAUGCACACAACUUCAUCAGUGCGCUGCCGGAUGGUUACAAUACUCAGGUUGGAGAAGGCGGCAUCCAACUCUCGGGAGGCCAGAAACAGCGGGUAGCAAUUGCUCGAGCAAUUUUGAAGAAUCCUGCUAUCUUGCUCCUGGAUGAAGCCACAAGCGCGCUGGAUGCCGGGUCUGAGAUGGUUGUCCAAGACGCCUUGGAUCAAUUAAUGCUGGAUAGAACGACUGUACUCGUGGCACAUCGACUCUCAACUAUCCGGAACGCGGACAGCAUUGCUGUGAUUCAAGAUGGUGAAAUCGUUGAAGAAGAUACCCAUGAAAACCUGAUUGCAAGACCUGGCAGCGUCUAUGCCCGUCUAGUCAAUCUGCAAAAUCAUGUAAAAAUUGAUAGGAUGACUUAGUGAAUCAUUUUUUAGAGCAUUAUUUUAAUCUGUACAGACUAAGUUUGGAGCAGGUGACUAUGUUAGAUGCUGUGCAUAAAACUUACGUUGCCACCUUAAACUGAGAACCUCACAAGUGCCUCGAUAACGAUCAGUCACGCACGAAGUUUCAAAUGAUCAUUCCAGAAGACUAAUGCAGUCAAAAAAAUGUACAAGUCCAUUUAAGGGCGACUUAACCAUGGAAUACGUACCAAUAA